GCAAAGCUGGCGGAAGAGGCCAACAUCAAACGCGAGGUCCUCCAGCGUCGCUGGGUGGCCUUCCGUGCCAGAAGAAAGGUAGGAGAUCCUCGCCUGCCGUUGAAGGAGCUCAGCGCUCUUUGCGACCAGCUUGUGCAGGCUGGAGUGGAGCCUCGGACUUUGGUCCCGAUUGACUCCCGCAGCUACCUGCUCAUGUCGCAGGAGCAUGUUCAGGCCUCGGUUGCUGCAUUGGUGCAGUGCGGCCAUAUCGUCUCGCCUAUGCU